GUGUUCAACCUAGACGCCGAACUUGGGACUCCGCCCAAACCCGUCCGGACGAAGCCACAGGCAACGAGCAAGAGGACAACGCCCCGUCAAGAACCCCCUCCUCAAGGUCAGUAUCGCUGCCAGUGCUCCUGGAAAUGUUGCAGAACGUCUCUACGCCUCACGUUUGACUGGUCUAUGUGGUUGUUUGCGAAAAUUCCGACUGGUAGAACGCUGGAUGGACUAGUCAACCGUUGGAUGGAGUGGUCGCAUGCGCUUUUGGCAUCUUUCGUAACUGGGCUCAGGCUAAUCUUCCUUUUACUUUGCUUAGACUAAGAAAUGGGUUUCGCGCACAAUAACGUCCUCCACCAGAACCAUUUCCGCAAGGAUUGGCAGCUGCGUGUCCGCACCUGGUUCGACCAGCCCGGCCGCAAGCUUCGCCGCCGUCAAGCACGCAAGACCAAAGCUGCUCAACUUGGUGUUCGACCUCUCACUCUUCUCCGCCCCGCUGUCCAUGCGCAAACUGUUCGCUACAACAGGAAGGUCCGGGAGGGCCGUGGCUUCACCCUUGCUGAGUUGAAGGAGGCUGGUAUUGGCAAGAAGGAGGCUCGGGGUGUUGGCAUUGUUGUUGACCACAGGAGGAGAAAUCUGAGCGAGGAGGGCAAGGCCGUAAACGUUGAGCGUCUCAAGGUCUACAAGGCACGAUUGAUUGUCUUCCCCCGCAACGCGAAGAAGCCCAAGAAGGGUGACACCACCGGCGACGAGCUCAAGGCUGAGACCACCCGCCUCAACCUCCCUAUUCCCGAUCCCUACGUCGCCGAGGCUCCCCGACAAAUCACCGAUGAGGAACGCGAGUUCCAGGCCUACCGCACUCUCCGUAACGAGCGUGCUAUUGCUCGUCACGAGGGUGCACGCAAGGUCCGGGAAGCGAAGAAGGCUGAGGAGGAGGCUAGCAAGAAGAAGUAAACGGGGCCUGAUUACUUUGUUCUUACCUUCCGCAUCGACUUACUACACACCAUGCUUGCUGUCGUCCAUCAUGUAUUCAAAAUAUCGCGCUACCCUUGGGUUUUGCAUGCCAUGCCAUAUAUGAUGAAUAUGAGCACUCGUGUUCUUGCGCGACAGUCUAUUUCUGUCUAUACUAUCAGACGCACAGUCCAAUGGAAUAC